AUGGAUGCUCUCAUUCGUGUUCUAGCCAUUUCAGGGCUUUUCAUCCUUCCUUUCCUCUACCUUUCCUUGCGAAAACACAAAAACAAGACCAAGAAAUUACCGCCGGAGCCGCCCGGCGGUUUGCCCAUUUUCGGCCACCUUUACGAAUUCAGCAAAGAAACUCAUCUGGUGAAGACUUUGGCAACCAUGGCCGAAAAAAUCGGGCCGGUUUUCAUCAUCCGUCUCGGCCUGCCACGUGUCCUCGGGGUCAGCAGCUGGGAAGCCGUGAAGGACUGCUUCACCACCAACGACAAGGCGUUCGCCGGCCGCCCAAACAUAUGCGCCGGCGUGUACCUCGGCUACGACAACGCGGCGUUGGCCUUCACCAACGGCGCGUUUUGGCGGAAGAUGCGGAAAAUGGUGGUCGUCGAGCUCCUCUCCACCACAAAACUCGACAAGUGGAAACACAUUUGGAUCUCGGAGAUGAACUUCUCGGUGAAACAACUGUACCGUUCGGUGACGAAGAACCGCAAGGUGGAGGUGGACAUGGAGGAAUGGAUUGGAUCCGUGAACUUAAAUUUCAUCUCGAAAAUUCUCGCUAGGAAGAGGUACAACUACUCCGUGGAACACGGCUUCGACAACAAGGAUGCGGUGGUUAUGAGACAGGCGUUUAAGGAUUUCAUGACGCUGACCGGAGAGUUCAGCUCGGCGGACGCGUUCCGGUUCCGGAUAUUUCACUGGUUGGACAUCGAAGGGAUUGUCCGAAGCAUGAAGAAAGUUUUCGACGUAAUGGACGUGAUUCUUGAUGACUGGGUCGACGAACAUGUGAGGCGAGGCCGAGGAGAGCUCCCCGCCGGCGAAGAUCCUGACUUCAUCGACAUCAUGAUGAAGGUGGUGGACGAGGAAUUCCUUGCCGGUACGGAUUACACUCGUGACAUGAUAAUAAAAGCAACUGCAGUGACGAUGCUUCAAGAUGCUGCAGAGACCGCGGUGUCGAACAUGGUAUGGAUAAUGGCCAUGUUACUAAACCACAAAGACGUAACGAAGAGGAUUCAAGAAGAGAUAGAUGCAAAAGUGGGCAGAGAGAGAUGGGUGGAGGAUUCCGACACCGACAACCUAGUAUACCUCCAAGCAGUGGUCAAAGAAUGCAUGCGCCUAUACCCCGUGGUCCCUUUCAUCGUACCGCACGAAGCAAUCGAAGACUGCGAGAUAUGGCCGGAACCCGAAAAAUUUAAGCCAGAGAGGUUCUUGACCGAGUCAGUCCCAGACGGUGUGGCUCGACAAUUCGGGUGGAUGCCGUUCGGGUUGGGGAGAAGAUCGUGCCCGGGAUAUGCAUAUGCAUUGAGGAUGACACACUUCAUAUUUGCAAGGUUGCUUCAAGGCUUCGAUUUUGCCACGCCUUCGGACAUGCCCGUGGACAUGAGUGAGGGCCCGGGGAUUACAAUGCCCAAGGCCAAACCUAUAAAAGCAUUGCUUACGCCGCGCCUGCCCGCUGCGAUCUAUGAGUCGUACGAUUGA